AAAGCCAAAGUUUCCAUCCCUGAUCAAGGGAUUCAGACCAAUCGAAGCCAUUGGAAAAAUGCUGAGAACCACCGCCAAGAACUUCCUAGGGUUAGGGUUUCGAAACGCCCAAACCCAUGCCAAAGCUCGAUCCUCUUCGACGCAGCUGCAGCUGCUGGUGCGGCUGUACCACGAGAGGGUUGUGGACCACUACAACCACCCCCGCAACGUUGGGUCCUUCAAGAAGGACGAUCCGACGGUCGGCACCGGCCUCGUCGGCGCCCCAGCCUGCGGCGACGUGAUGAAACUCCAGAUCAGGGUCGAUGAGCAGAGCGGGAAGAUCGUCGAUGCGUGCUUCAAGACCUUUGGAUGUGGCUCCGCCAUCGCUUCGUCGUCUGUCGCUACUGAGUGGGUAAAGGGGAAGCAGAUGGAAGAGGUCUUAUCCAUUAAGAACACUGAAAUUGCAAAACACCUCUCUCUCCCACCAGUUAAACUGCACUGCAGUAUGCUUGCUGAGGAUGCCAUAAAGGCAGCCGUCAAAGACUACGAGGCGAAGCGCAGUCCGCCCGCUGCCGGUGCGGCGGCGGCGGCGGAUGACUGAUGAUGCUCUUUUGCUGCAAAAUGGGAAUUCUAUGGAAGAGCAUCUGUCUUUUGAUCUUGACAUAUUGGGUGAUGUAAAGGUUGUACCUUAGGUAUGAUCUAGAUCUGAUGUUAUCACCUUUCUCCUUGGAUGUAAUUUUGCUCUUUUAAGGAAACUACCCACCCUCUUGUCAUAUAAAUAAAGUUUUAUUCAGAGUGAUAUAGAUAAAUAAAAACUCGGAUCGUAGAUCCAUUAUUACA